UGAUAAUGAAUGCUAUUCACCAAGAAUCAUAAGGAGACUAAUCCCAGCCUCUUAUCUGUCCAACAAACAUAGGCUGAAACCAGGCUGUUAGCUAACUGCAAAUCAGCUAGCCAGGAAAUAUCUGUAUCCCAGCACUUGUAAAGAUUGGUAAUUACUUUCAUCGUUAUUAUUGAGAUAGUAAACUAGCUCAACAUUUUGAGUUACUCCUGAGUAAAAUUUAGAAAUUUUGAGUUAGUAAGCUAGAAAGCUGAUAUUUAAAGAUAUUAACCCAACAUUUGCUCGAGUGGGAGAAACAAGUUUUUCCUUACAAUAGAAAAACUGCCCAUUCAAAAGUGUACAAACAACAAAGGUCUCCUCAAUAAAGAAGAUAACUGCAAAUCUUCACUCUGAAAGGAGUUUUUAUGUUUACGUGUGGAUGAAAGGCCCAAACAUAUAGAAAAAUAUACUACCUAACUGUGGGUUAGGUGUAUACAAGGCCUAAAGUGAUUGUGAUAACGAACCCCUGAAAACAAGCUAACUCUUUUUGCUCAUGGUUUGUUUGUUGUGUAACUCUGGGAGGAGCUCUGUUUGCAUGGGACAUGUUAGCCCUCCCGCUAGGCCUGUAAAAACAUCGCACCUGCUGCAGUCAAUCCAGCGUUUUCCUUUUGCCUGAAGCAACUGUCAUCUCAAAAGAUUGUGAUGACCAGGGCAGCUGGCAGAAGGGUCUGAAAAAAGAAUGUUAGCAUGUCUUUCCCCUGUUGGUACCGUAAAUAUCUUCCAUGUAGUUCACAGGGUUUAUUUUAGUCCGUGAGGCAGGAUCAAACGGUUUCUAGCUAAAGUCAAAGUCAGAGGCUUCCCAGUUUGCUCUGUGUUGAGUCAGAGAUUGGAUAAAAAGUUGUUUUUUGCCUUGAUAUCGACAGGAAAACACAACUUUAAAACUUCAGUGCAAAUAUGUCUAACGGCAGAGACCUUGAGGAUCUCAAUGAAGAGGACAUUGAUGAGGAUGAAAUCCUUGCAAUGCUUUCGCCUGAGGAACUUAAGGAGCUUCAGAGUGAGAUGGAUGUUAUUAUUGCACCAGACGAGAGUGUACCAGUAGGACAGAGACAGAAGGACCAGACAGAAAAACCACCUACAGGGACGUUUGACCACAGAUCCCUAGUUGAUUACCUCUACUGGGAGAAAGAGUCUAAACGUAUGCUCGAGGAAGAAAGAGUGCCUGCUACUCUCCUGCCCAGUGAGAAAACCUUGAGGGAGGAAUCUGAAAAGAAAGAAAAAGAAGAAAACGCAGGAUGUGGCAAAUAUGAGGUGUAUGAAGUCAUAGAGGAAGUCACUGAAGAAGAAGCUGCAGAUUGUGAAAAUGGAGAGGAAAUUAUAGAGGAGAUUAUUGAGGAAAUUGUUGAAGAAGAAGAAGUUGAUGAGAGGGAUGAAAAGGACAAAAUAAUAGAUGUGGGAAGAGAGAAAGAGACGAAGCAACUUGUUGAAGUCCAACCUGACAAUGUAGAAGAACACGCAGAGCCUCUGGAUAUCACAGAAAAAGCACCAGGAAAAAAUACAACUGACAGUCAGCCUUUCUCAGACACAAAGGAGACUACUGAGACCUUAGCUCUGAAACACAACACUGAAGAGAAAGAAGGAAAUAAAAGUACAAAAUGUUUGCCUCCCCAAGAGGCUCCAGAGGAGCCAGAAACAGUCGAACCCAAUGAGAAGCUUCCAGAGAAAGAAGAGAGAAAAAUAGGUAAACUGAAAAUCCCGAAGCUUUCACUCAAUAAUAUAAAAAUUACAUCAAGGCCUUCAGGAAAUGAUACAAACUUGGAGUCAACACUUGAUAAGAUCCGCAAAAACAACCCCUCUAUCACUGAGGUAAACCUCAACAAUAUAGAAAACAUUCCCAAAGAGAUGCUCGUGGACUAUGUCAACGCCCUGAAGAAGAAUAAAUAUGUUAAAACAUUCAGUUUAGCCAACACUGGUGUCGAUGAAAAUAUUUCUUUCAAUCUAGCCAACAUGCUACGAGAGAAUCGCAGCAUUACGACUUUAAACAUUGAGUCAAACUUCAUAACUGGCAAAGGCAUCGUUGCCAUCAUUCGCUGCCUCCAGUUCAAUGAGACUCUCACAGAGCUGCGUUUUCACAACCAGAGGCAUAUGCUAGGUCAUCACGCAGAGAUGGAAAUCUCUCGCUUGCUCAAGGCCAACAACACCCUUCUGAAGAUGGGCUACCACUUUGAACAGCCAGGGCCCAGGAUGGUAGUGACCAACAUUUUAACAAGGAAUCUGGACCGUCAGAGGCAGCUGAGGAAGGAAGAGCAGAGGCAGCAACAGCUAAAGCAGCAGAGGGAGCUGAUGCAGAUGUAUGAGAGCAGUCUCAAUCUACCUCCUGGUUUACUUGAGAUGCUGGGAUACAUACCACCCAUAGAAUUCCUACAGGAGCAUGGACUUGCCCCACCCUCAUCAGAGCUGAAUGCUGUUGUGCAAACACAACACCAGACAGAACAACCAGAGCCCCAGAAGAAGAUCAAACACAAAAGCAUUCCCAAACAACCCAGUGAUGAACCAGCAAACCCAUUAAAGGAUGUUCAGCUGAGGAGAACUCCAAAAAAACGGGAUCCUUUAUUCGAGCUGGACCCAAGAGAUGAUAGAAGAUCAGAGAGGGCAAGCUUUCAACUGAGGAAGACUCCCAAAGUGAAGGAUACAGGCAGUGCAGGGAAUGAGGAUGAAACGGCCAACCUGACUGACGUGAUCAAGUCUUUAAAACCUGUCCCUCGCAGACGAUUACCUCCAAAGGUUGACGUCACACCUCGUGAUCAGCUCCUAAAUGAUAUCAAAAAGAGCAACGUGGCUUAUCUCAAAUCUGUGCCUCUCCCUAAAGCCCUGGAAUCAAGUGAAACGAGUCUCCUGUAAGGCGCUGCUGUUUCUUCACCAUAGUAUUUGUUUUUAUUACACAUGCUCAGUAUUAGUCACUUCACAUGAACAGUACAAAUUGCUACUGAACUUUAAUUACCUAGAGAAAAAUACUGGUUAGUUCUGUUUUAUUUCAAUACGUGAUAUAGUCUUUGCAAAGUCACAGCAAUUAUGAACACUGACUACAGCCAAAUAUUGUGUAUUAAUUCUACAGUAAAGCGUGUUACCCUUUCAUAAUUUGAAAGCUCUUCUGAAUACAGUGCAUGGUUAAGAAGAAAAAGUGUAUUCACACAGUAUUUGUUCAUGAUGUCUACAUAUACAACAAUUUCUCUGAUCUUUGUGCUUAAAAUUAAUUAGCAAGCGUGUUUGAUUAAAUGUUUGUGACUUAAUCAUUUUGCUAUUAAAUAAUAUAAACCUUC